AUGGCGCAUGCCUUUGCAUGGGCAAACAGCGGGUCAGCCGCAAACGGGAGCACGCAGAAGAGCCGGGGCCGCGGCCGGGGCAGCGGCUCAGCCAAGCGAGCGCGAGGGGGCACUCUUACGUUACAGGACCUGAUAGAUGCUGGAAUCCUCUUCCCGGGCCGCAAUAAAAUCAGUGUCCACUACAAGGGCACUGUGUACACUGCUUCCCUGGGCAAGGACGGCAUGAUCCUGUACCAAGGCAAGAAGUUCCAGAGCGCGACGUCGUUCAGCAUCCAUUGCAAGCGCAUGCAGACCCCCAACAAGCAGGGGGACGACGGCUGGAAGAGCGUGCUCUACGAGGGGCAACCCCUGGAGAUGUACCGUAAGCGCCAUGCAGCUUCCAAGCAGGUGCCCGCGGCGCCUCGGCCCGUCACGCGCCGGCCGGCCGCGGCAUCGUCCGAGGAGGGUGGUGAUGAGGACAUGGCAGAAGCCGAGGAAGCGGCUGGAGCGGCCGGCGCGGCGGCGGCAGCGGAGCCGCUAGUGGAAGGGACUGACCAGUGGGUGCAAUGCGACCGCUGCCGCACAUGGCGCAUUGUCCCUGACCAGCACUGGCCCUCCGUCGAAGCCGACCCCCGCGAUGUGUGGUAUUGUGAGUAUGCCACUUGGAACCUGGCUCUGGUGGCACCUUUCAAGGAGCCCUGUGGAGUGUGA